AUGACAAUUGUGAAAUCAGAGUAUUUUUCAUCGACAUCAAAAUUAACAAUGAUUUUGACACGAACAACAAGUGUUUCUGAUAAUCAUUACUACUAUGUGAGUACUUAUCAGGAGACAUAUGUUGUUAUUCCAGUGAUUGUCGAAACAGAUGUUGAAAUUGAAUCAUUUAUUGAAGAAAGCAAGAAAGAAGCACCAAAAGACAAAAAGACAACAAUAUACAUUGCUAUUGGUGCAGCUCUUGCAUUUCUAAUCAUAAUUUCACUGAUUUUGAUUUUUAUCAUCAGAAAGAUUAGAAAUAGUGAUGAUGAUGACAACUCAUCCACUUCUGAACUGUUUAUACAGUCAGAAGCACCUAAAAUCAGUCAAUCAAUGACAACUACGUCAAUGACAGUUGACAAUCCUCUGUUUUCUACAACUGUAGACCAAGAUGAUCCAUUCAAACUCGAAUUCGACUCCAGUUCAACAAUUGACGAAGUUGGCUGCGAAAAUGGUCCUCUGACUCUUUCUGACUCUGCUGAAAAUACUUCUGGAUUGGAAGAACUUUAA